GAUAACUUCCGCGACCACACGUUCACUCGGCAACCUCACUCGAGCAGGAAAACUCGGAACAGCAGCAGAAUGUCAGCGGGAUUACUGGCAGGGAAAGUGGCCUUGGUGACAGGCGCCGGCUCCGGCAUUGGGCGUGCCACCUGCCGACUGUUGGCCCGCGACGGAGCCAAAGUGAUUGCCGCGGAUCGCAACCUGCAGGCGGCCCAGCAGACCGCCCAGGAGCUGGGCUCCGAUCGUUCCGCCGCCCUGGAGGUGGACGUCUCCUCGGCAAAGAGUGUCCAGGGCGCCGUCGCCGAGGCCUUGAAGGCCUUCCAGGUGGCUCCCAGCAUUGUGGUGAACUCGGCCGGAAUCACGCGCGACGGCUAUCUGCUGAAGAUGCCCGAGAGGGACUACGAUGACGUCUAUGCGGUGAACCUGAAGGGCACCUUCCUGGUGACCCAGGCCUUUGCCAAGGCCAUGAUCGAGGGCCAGCUGAGCGGCGGCAGCAUUGUGAACCUCUCCAGCAUCGUGGCCAAGAUGAACAACAUUGGGCAGGCGAAUUAUGCGGCCACCAAGGCCGGCGUCAUCUCCUUCACCGAGGUGGCCUCCAAGGAGUUCGGCAAAUUUGGCAUCCGGGUCAACUGCAUCCUGCCCGGCUACAUAGACACGCCCAUGGUGGCCGUGGUGCCGGAUGCCAUCAAGCAGCAGGUGGUCCAGCGCUGCCCCCUGGGUCGGCUGGGCCAGCCGGAGGAGAUUGCCGAGGUAAUUGCCUUCCUGGCCUCCCCGCAGUCGUCCUACGUGAAUGGAGCCGCCAUCGAGGUCACCGGCGGCCUCAAGUAGUGCCCCUCCCUUGCCGCAGGUGGAGCCAGAAAAUUGCAUUUACUUGCCAAGCCAUCCCAGUGAAUUUUUUUUUCUUGUUGUUCCUAAUUAUACAUAUAUACAUAUAUAUAUAUUGUGCAGCCCUAA